AUGAAUAGGAGUCCACAAUAUCAUCAGCACUAUGGCGCAACAACCCAUGUGCCUCUUCCAGUCUAUUACAUCGCACCAGCCCCUCCUGCGCCAAAGCAUCACAGGACCCGAUUUAUAAAUGCCUUUUUGGGCGCAGUGUUAAUCCUCUGGGUAACCCAUCAUUUGUUCCACCGUCACCACUGGUAUAUCCAUGGGCGCCCUGGUACUGGUUCCGGUCGGGACGGGGACUGGGAAUGGGACAUUCACAUGGACCUCCAGGGAAUCAAUCAUGAUGCCGAGGGAUGUGCGGUCUGGGACCACUACAGCCCAUCGCACCGCUCGGAUUCAAUUGCAUCGAACGUGACCUCUCGCCCACAUGUACGCGGACAGUCCAAGUCCGACGAGGGCGACAAGUUCACAUUCUUGAUCCCGACCUCGUCGCCGCGAUACCACUUUGUCUCGUCCGGCCCGAUCGACAAGAGCACGUUCCAGAUUGUACCCGUCAAAUCAGACAAGGAGCAACUGGUUGUCGAGGUGGAGGUUAUCAAGGAUCCAGAGGGCGAAGCGAGAGUAUGUGCCUUGCCUAGUAGUGGUGACUCGGAUGUAUAUGGUGUUGGAUUCUACUCACCGAGGAACAAGCAUCCAUACCCACCGUCGUCCUGGCCUGCAUUUACCGUCAAAGUCUUCCUCCCCAUCACAGACAAACAACAACACCUCAACGCGCUCGAGACGCGGCUCGGCCAGUUUGAACACAUCUUUCCCGAUUUGUCCCAGUCUUUCGAUUUCGAGAGACUAGAUUUGGCUGCUGCGAAUGUUCCCAUGACGUUCGAGGACGUUGUGGCGGGUACCAUCGACGUAUCCAACGCCAACGCCAAGAUUCAGGGCAAGUUGACUGGGUCGAGUCGGGUGGCGGUCCGGAAUGCCAACGCGCCAGUCGACGCCGAGGUCACGCUCACAGGUCCAGGAGAGAUCAUUCUGGAUAAUGCGAAUAGUCCAAUCACGUCGACGAUCCAUUUAAAGUCUGGAGACUUUUAUCCUCGCCCCGACUACCACAUCUCGCUCAAAAAUGCCAAUGCACCGAUCAGCGCGACGAUCGCAUCUCAACCGCUCCGUUCCGGGUUCUUCCUCAGAGGGGACACCGUGAUGGGGGAUGUGGACGUGCAUCUGAACGCAGCGUACGAAGGAGGAUUCAAGCUCUCGAAUCUGUUUAGAUCGCCGACGGUCGAGUUGACGAAUAAAAAGGACCCGUCUGGCGAAGGGCGACAUCGGUACUUGAGUUUCGAAAAGCGCGGAUCUACGACGAUUGGUCAUGUCGCGUGGGGAACUGAAGAGCAUGCGCCCGGACAAGUAGACUUGUCGACGGUUGGCAAGUCGAUUGGGUUGUAUUUUGACUGA